AUGGCACGAACAUUUUGGGGGUUUGGGGCUGCUAAGGCACCUGAAUUCAAAAAGGACGCAGUAAUUCCGCCCUCGCAGCCAGCCACCACUGUUCUGUCGACGGCGAGCGCCAAUGCGAAUUCGCCAUUUCCCGAUGCUCCUGCCCAGCCGGCUCCAGCCGCGGGUGACGUUGAGAUGGACGAUGCCGCGGGAGCGCAACCGCCUGCUGCGGGUCAGGAAACCACGCAAAGUGACAUCUCGAUUCCUAUUGAGGUCCAGCAAACCAAGGGCAAGCUGAGUGUGCGCAUAAUUGAGGCUCGCGACCUUGCCACAGUAAAUGAAAACAGCAACCCCUAUGUUGUUUGCACCUAUUCGAACUCAGAGCACAUCUCCCGGAGUGCCAACCCGAAUCUGGAAGUUCCCUCGGGAAUUGCUAUUCCCAACUCGGGUCGCCAUCAGUCGUCCAACCUCAUGUUGAGCAAGGCGAACAGUGGAGUUAAUAAGGGUGGAGCCAAUCCCACCUGGACGGAGGAAGCCAAGUUCGAUCUUACCUCUUUUGAAAGUGAUCUGGAAGUUACAAUUUACGACGCCAACAAUUACGACAAAUUCCUGGGCAUGUGCCGCAUCAAGCCCGACUUCUCCCAAUCACGGGCCAGUGAUCAAUGGUACGACUUGCAACCUCGCAUGGAGGGCGAGCGCGUUUCUGACGACCACUACCGCGGAAAGUACGGUACCUCUUUCCGCCCCCGCAUGGGCGUUGGCGAGGGUAUUGAUUUAUACGACGACAAGGAUAUCAAGAUGAGUGAGAGUUACUAUACUAGCGGGAUUAAGAACAAGUUCCAGGCCGAUGAACUCGACAAGGAAGACGAGCUGAUGCGCAUGGAGGAAGAAGAUGAAGAGGACCUCCGCAGAGACGAGGACGAUUUCGUGGCCGGCCAAGGGUUUGAAUUAUAG